CAGAGGCACGUCGAGCCAGGAGUAGGCGCAGCGCUGGGUGACUUCCGUGUAUGGUGUGCACAUGCUGGAGGAGAGAAGCUGUCACUGGUGACGAUCUGGCACAAUGGGGCUUGUAAGCUUGGAAAAAAUAAUUGCACUACAGAAGAAGACUCAUAACAUUCGGAAUAUUUGUAUAUUGGCCCAUGUUGAUCAUGGGAAAACGACAUUAGCAGACUGUCUCAUAUCUAGCAAUGGGAUCAUCUCCAACAGAUUAGCUGGAAAGUUGCGUUAUUUGGACAGUCGUGAAGAUGAGCAGAUACGAGGAAUCACCAUGAAAUCCAGCGCCAUCUCCCUGCAGUACAACUUUGGGGAUGAAGAAUAUCUUAUAAACCUCAUAGAUUCUCCUGGACACGUUGAUUUCUCCUCAGAGGUUUCCACUGCUGUGCGUCUCUGUGAUGGUGCAAUUAUCGUGCUGGAUGCAGUGGAAGGCGUGUGCCCACAGACCCAGGCAGUAUUACGACAAGCUUGGUUGGAGAAUAUACGGCCUGUUUUGGUAAUCAAUAAGAUUGAUAGACUGAUAGUGGAACUGAAAAUGUCAUCCCUAGAAGCAUAUACCCAUCUUCAAAAAAUACUGGAGCAGGUAAAUGCCGUGACGGGAGGCCUGUUCACCUCCAGGGUCCUGGAAGAGAGAGCUGAAAAAGACACUACCACAGAGACAACGGAAGGGGAUCAGGUGUAUGACUGGAGUGCAGGAUUAGAAAACACAGACGACUCUCAUCUCUACUUCUCCCCAGACCAGGGCAAUGUGGUGUUUGCCAGUGCCAUUGAUGGAUGGGGGUUUACAAUUGAUCAGUUUGCACAGCUAUACAGCCAGAAGGUGGGGAUCAAAUCUACUGUAUUGCUGAAGACACUUUGGGGAGAUUUCUAUCUGAAUGCCAAAGCCAAGAAGAUCAUGAAGGGAGCCCAGAGCAAGGGGAAGAAACCUUUAUUUGUGCAGCUUAUAUUGGAUAACAUAUGGAGUCUGUAUGAUGCUGUCGUGAAGAGGGAGAAAGAGAAAAUAGAGAAAAUAGUUCAAUCAUUGGGUCUGAAAAUCAGUCCUCGUGAAUCGCGACAUUCUGACCCCAAAGUCCAUGUCAAUGCAAUUUUCAGUCAGUGGCUUCCUAUAUCUCAGGCUGUGCUAUGUAUGGUGUGCAAUAAGCUUCCCAGCCCCCUGGACAUCUCCGCAGAAAGAAUUGAAAAGCUCUUGUGUUCAGGUUCCCGGCGAUUUGAUUGUCUGCUCCCCCAGACACAACAGCUCAAAGAUGAUUUUUUGCAGUGCCGCAGUGAGGAAACUUCUCCGGUCAUUAUCUUUGUUUCGAAAAUGUUUGCUGUCGAUGCGAAAGCUCUACCCCAGAACAAGCAGAGGCCAUUAACUCAGGAAGAAAUUGCGCUCAGAAGAGAGCGUGCAAGACAGAAACAUGCUGAACGGAUGGCAAUCAAUCAGGAGCCGGCUCCCUCCAGCAGUGAAUGCCAAGUGACUGCAGACAAUGAGAACACUAAAGGUGAUGCUCUUAUGUAUGAAGUGCGGAGUUCGGUUGAAAAGUCAGACAAGCAAGAUACAGAGAAUAAAAGUUAUUUUAUUGCAUUUGCUCGAGUCUUCAGUGGUGUGGUACGCAGAGGGCAAAAGAUAUUUGUUUUGGGACCCAAAUAUGAUCCAACAGCAGCACUGCCUAAGCUACCAUCUGAGUGUUCCUUCUCUGCUGACAUCUCUGCCAUUCCUCACAUGGCUUGCUGUACUUUACAAAACCUCUAUCUUCUUAUGGGUCGUGAGCUUGAAGACUUGGAUGAAGUACCAGCUGGCAAUGUUUUGGGCAUUGGAGGCUUGGAAGAAUUUGUCCUCAAGUCUGCAACAUUGUCUACAUCGCCAGCAUGUCCUCCGUUCAUUCCUCUUAGCUUUGAAGCCACACCAAUUGUCCGAGUUGCUGUGGAACCAAAACAUCCAAGUGAGAUGCCACAGUUGGUGAAAGGGAUGAAGCUUUUAAAUCAAGCAGAUCCCUGUGUUGAAAUUUUGAUCCAGGAGACAGGAGAACAUGUACUUAUUACAGCGGGAGAGGUUCACUUGCAGCGCUGUCUGGAUGACUUAAGAGAAAGGUUUGCCAAAAUUCAGCUGAGUGCAUCUGCCCCAAUUAUUCCUUUUCGGGAAACUAUAAUCAGGCCACCAAAAGUAGACAUGGUAAAUGAAGAAAUUGGAAAGCAGCAAAAAGUGGCCAUUAUACACCAGAAAGAAGAGCCAACUAAGGGGCAUGAGGGAAUCCAGAUUGAUGCUGAUGGCUUUGUGACUGUAACCACACCAAAUAAACUGGCCACUCUCAGUGUCAGAGCAAUGCCACUUCCAGAAGAGGUCACUCAGCUACUAGAGAAAAACAGUGACUUGAUUCGCACCAUUGAACAGGUUAACUUGGCUUUGAUCGAAGGCAAUAAUGCUAAUGUAAACGAUACAACAUUAGGCAGAAUUCAAGAAUUCAAAGGUCAGCUCGAGCAGCAUUUACAGGGCAGAAGGUGGAGAAAUGCAGUCAACCAAAUCUGGUCAUUUGGUCCACGACACUAUGGGCCAAAUAUUUUGUUAAAUCACAUUGAAGGUUAUGAAAUUCCAUCUGUCUGGCAAUGCCUUGAAAAAGUAACCAAACAAUGUAUAUAUCGGAACUUUGAUAACAGCAUCGUUAGCGGAUUUCAGCUUGCAACCCUUGCUGGACCUAUGUGUGAAGAACCUCUAAUGGGUGUCUGUUUCAUUGUGGAGAAACUCGAUAUGUGUAAAUCUGUGGUUCUAGAAAGGCAAGUGUCAGAAAAAAUAAUACUAACAGAGGCCGAAGAGACUUCAAAUGUUGGCUCUACUGAUGAUGCUACAAGAAAAACCACUGAUGGAAAAGACAUCUUGGAAGACCACCAGGAAGGUUCAAAAGCUCAUGACAAGUCCAAUAAACAGAAAGUAGAUGUGAUGCUUCCAGGUUGUUAUGGCCCAUUUUCUGGACAGUUAAUUGCCACGAUGAAGGAAGCGUGUCGUUGCGCUUUCCAAGUCAAACCCCAAAGGCUUAUGGCUGCAAUGUACACCUGUGAAAUUAUGGCCACUGCAGAAGUCUUGGGUCGUAUGUAUGGCGUCCUGUCAAAAAGAGAAGGUCGUGUCCUGUUGGAGGAGAUGAAAGAAGGAACAGAUAUGUUCAUUAUUAAGGCUGUGCUGCCCGUGGCCGAAAGCUUUGGCUUUGCAGAUGAAAUAAGAAAAAGGACAAGUGGCCUGGCCAGCCCCCAGCUGGUGUUCAGUCACUGGGAGGUUAUUCCUAGUGACCCAUUUUGGGUACCCACCACGGAGGAGGAAUAUUUACACUUCGGAGAGAAGGCAGACUCGGAAAACCAGGCCAGGAAAUACAUGAAUUCUGUGAGGAAGCGUAAAGGCCUGUAUGUGGAAGAGAAGAUUGUAGAACAUGCCGAGAAGCAGAGAACUCUGGGCAAGAACAAAUAGCUAUAUUCAGCUUUAUCUUUUGUUUCUAAAAAUCAUUCUGGGAAAUGUGCUGCUGGUUAGGUUUUCUGAGACAUAUGAAGUGGAUUUUAAUAAAUGUAACUGAUGAGAAAAUUGA